GAAGAACUCCACAACCCAGAAUUCGAAGGCAAAUUUGGUAGGCUUAUUUGAAGGAGAAGAAGAUGUCCGGCGGUAUUCCGGUGAAUGCAGGCAACGGAACGCCAUGGUCCACCGGCCUCUGUGACUGCUUCGACGACAUUGGCUCAUGUUGCUGUACGAUUUGGUGUCCAUGCGUGCCUUUCGGGAGAGCCGCCGAGAUUAUUGAUGAAGGAUCAAGUUCCUGUUUGGGUCAGGCAUCGAUUUUCACUGUGAUUUCUUGCUUUACGCCCUGCAUAUGCCUUUAUACAUGCCAUUAUCGUUCUCUACUGAGGGCAAAGUAUCAGCUUCAACAAACUCCCUGCAACGAUUGCUGUGUUCAUUUUUGGUGUUUGGGUUGUGCAAUGUGUCAAGAGUAUCGUGAGCUCAAGAAUCGUGGUUUCGACAUGCAUAUUGGUUGGCAAGGGAACGUGCAGAAACAAAACAAGGGAUUAGAGAUCCCACCCGUGGUCGAAGGACAAAUGAAACGUUGAAGCUUGAAAAAAAAAAAAAAAAAAAAAAAAGCCUUAUGAAAGCAAAGGAAUAAGAAGAAAGGUUGUUUCGUCUUUGCAUUUCGUUGUCUGCAUCUUUUUAUUCAGUUCCUCUUUUCUAGUGUGUUGGUUUGUGCAGGUCAAGUUUCAAUGCAGUGUGUUGGUUUGGAUUGAA